CACAAAUUGGUGUGCUGUUUGUCUCCUCUCAUUAUAGGAGCUAUCCUCAACCAAAUAACGUGUAUGAGGUGUCCUUGGAUAGCUUUUGAAGUCUAUUUUUAUAAUUGAGUGGUCUCAGUUCGAGAGGAGAAGUCAAUCAUCCAAAAAUCGAUCUGGAACGAGCAGAGGUCUGUGAACUCGAGCUGUGAGAGUGCUGAGACUGUUUGGCCGAUAUCUCGAGUUUUACCAAUCCAAUUAAGGCGUGUGAGAUACCAAAAGAAAGCUCUCAAGACGAGGAAUCCGUGAAGGUCUGGUUUGCAUCAAUCGGAGUAGAGGAAGGCUUCCAAAUCGUCCGAGCAGAACGAGACCUCGCAGGGACGGAUUUACUCUUCUAAGAAUCGAGUUAGCCGGAAAACACCCGUUCUAGGGGCUGUUUUAGUAUCAACGAUUCGGGGUUGAAAUAGCAACUUGAGGAGGCUGUUUAGCACCCAUUUUCAAGCAAGGAACUAGUUCCCAAUCUUCCUUGGCCGAGGCUUUAGCCAUUGGAUCGAGAAGGAAGGUUUUAAAGCUCAUUUGAGGUUGAAGCUAGGGCUUGCUACUUGCACCUUCUCACGGGUGAUAUCAAAUCAGGAAGACGUGAAAUGGAGGGCAAGCGAAUGGCGACCAGGAACAAUCCGAGGGGGCGGGCGCCGGUAGCAUCCCAAAGGGGAAGCCGGGCUGCAUCUCGGGGUUCAAGAGGAGGCCGUGGAGGCCGUGGAAGCCGUGGAGGUCAUCAAGCUCAAACUGUGAGUGAUGGCCAUGUAAGCUCGGUGUAUGAAACCAACACCGAGGACUAUGACUCAACCUACGUUCCAGAAACGGAGCAUGAGGAGACCCCGUAUGAUGGGGGGGACACAUACACCGAUGAUGACGAUGAGAGUGAUGCCCGAUUCGCCCAAAUGGGUGAAUUACUUGAGUGGUAUCAAAAGGAGAAACUGAGGAGAGACCUUAGGCGCCAAGCGAGGCGUGGCUCUCGUGGUGGUUCGGGUCAAGGAAGCCGGGGAGCUUCCGUGGCCACCCCAGCGGCGUCACAAGGUGGGCGUGAAGGAGGUUUUGUUGUGAGAAUCUCCAAGUACCUCAAGGAGGCUAGGGCCUUGGGGUGUAGGUCCUUUGACGGCACCGGUGACAUUACCGUUGUCGCCGAUUGGAUUAAGAAGGUGAAGGAUGCAUCAAGAGACAUGCAAAUCACACCGGACGUGAAGUUGACUGUCGCUUCACGGCUACUUGAAGGGAUAGCUUCUACGUGGUGGGAGAGCGUGGAAGGGAAGUACCAUGGGGAAAUAACAUGGGCGGAUUUUGAGCUAGAAUUCUAUGCUCAAUACUACUCCGAGUACGAGGUGAAUGUGAAACGGAGAGAGUACACUAACCUCAAACAGAAAGAUGGCGGCACAGUUAAGCAGCUGGAACAAGAGUUUAGAACCUUGGCUAGGUUCUUGCCAGAGUACGCGGUUGAUGAGAACCGCAUGACGGAGCACUUUUGGGAUGCCUUACUCUUGGACAUCCGUGAUCGGGCUACGUACUCGUGCCACAUGACCUUUAGCGAGGUGGUGGAGCAGGGCCUUCUUGGGGAGGCCCAAUGGAAUGAAAGAAAAGAGAGAGACGCCGAAGAGGCGAAAAAGAGGAAAUGGCAUGGUUCGGGGCCGCCCGAGCAAGCACGGAAAGAUAAACACGGUGGGGGUGGUGGUUCGUUCAAGACACCGGCACCACCGGCAAAGAAGAACAGGGAUGCUCGGUGGCAUGCAUCCUCCUCCCAAAGGACGGGGCCUCCAAAGUGUGCCAAUUGCUCGAAAAAUCAUUUUGGGAAGUGCAAUGCACCCCCUAGGUGUUAUCAAUGCGGGAACACGGGCCACAUGAAGGCCAAUUGCCCGCAACUAGGGGGAGGAGGAGCUCCGGGAACCGGAGGAGGGACUACGACGGGGAGGAACCGUGAGGGACCGUCAAACAGCGGCACGGGAAGAGGUGGCGUUUCAACAAGCCAUGCCGCGUCCGUAAAUCAAGGCGGGGCCCAAACAAGGGUCUACGCGAUGACCGAGGCGGAUGCGCGAGCAAACCCGGACUCCGUCGCAGUUUCAGGUAGGGAGUAAAGCUUGCUACCAUCGCCCGUUGCUUCGGGGAGUUCAGGGAGAGAAGACGUGGUUCGUGCUUCCUCCGUUCUAUUUUUAAAACAUUAAAUCGAUGCUCAUGGAUAUUAUUUUGAUUAAUUAUUUGGGGCUUGUACGCCCAUGUUGCCGAAGUGUGGCAUAAACACUUGUAUUAAACGUUUCCGCUGAUUUAAAUGAUUAUUUUACAUUAUGUUUGUUUAUGGAUGUACUAUUGUGAAUGAUAUUCAAGACGCCUAGUAUAGUAUGGAUGAGUUGGACUGCGGUUGACUAUUCGUACUGUACGGCGGGUUGUUGACGUGUCCGGUAGGUCCGGGGCGUGACAUACCGCCUCAAGUUGACACCAGAGCUUGAGAAGAUACAUGACGUGUUUCAUGUAUCGAUGCUCAAGAAGUACAUACGGGACCCAUCUCAUAUCCUUGAGAAACCGCCGGUAGAGAUCCGUGAGGAUUUGCAAUAUGCGGUAGAGCCGGUGAAGAUAGUAGGUCAACAAGUGAAGAAACUUAGGAACAAGGAGAUUCCUAUGGUAAAGGUUCUUUGGAGGAGUGAUCGAGUCGAAGAGGAAACUUGGGAGACCGAGGUCUCAAUGAGGGAGCAAUACCCAUUCCUUUUCGAUUAGACACAUGGAUUUCGGGGACGAAAUCCCAAAUAAGGGGGGGUGAACUUGUAACACCGUCCCCAAAUGUAUUUACUUUUACGUAAAUGAUGUAAUAAACCUUAUGGAAUGAUUUAUGAAUUUACGAAGAGGAAUUUCCUUUUAUGGGUAAGGUCUAGUCCCCCCAUAUUUUAUUCUUUGGUCAGUUUGAUUUCGGCUUGCUUUCUGUUUUACGCAGAGGAAUGCCUCUGAAGGGAGGUUUCGGUUUGGUCCCCCUCUCUUUUGUAAAUCCCCC